AAAAUAGAAAUACAAAAGGACCCUAAAAGCAUCAUACAAAUUACAAAAUAGACAAAAAGACCUUUCGUCGAGUACCUUGAUCCUUCCUUCCUCUCCGAGGACUCCAAAAAUUCACUCUUAAUAAAUUCUCAUAAUCUCAUAAUUCAAAAUUCACAAACCCUAAGUUUAUUUUAUUGUAGUCUAUAAAUGUUCUUAAAUCCUUAAAAUUGGUUUUUUUUGUUGUUGUGAUUUAUCCUUGAAAUCAAAAUUGUAGAGAUAUGGAUAUCGAACAAAAGCAAGCGGAACACAUCGAUUACUUUGUGAAACAAGCAUCAACACUCAACGGCUCUGCCCUUACCAACCUUGUUGUUGAAGCCACUUCCCAUCCAUCACUCUUCGCUUUCUCCGAGAUUCUUUCUCUUCCCAAUCUUCUUCAGCUUGAAGGAACUGAGAAUUCAGUAUACCUUGAUUUGCUUCGUUUGUUUGCUCAUGGGACGUGGAGUGCUUACAAAAGUAAUGCUGGCCGUCUUCCUCAGUUGGUGCCUGACCAAGUUCUCAAGUUAAAGCAACUUACUGUGCUUACGCUAGCUGAUACAAGCAAGGAGCUUCCAUAUGAUCAACUUAUGCAGGAGUUGGAUGUCACAAAUGUGCGUGAACUUGAAGAUUUUCUCAUAAAUGAGUGCAUGUAUGUGGGCAUAGUUAGAGGAAAGCUGGAUCAGUUCAAAAGAUGCUUUGAGGUACAAUUUGCUGCAGGGAGGGAUCUCCGACCCGGUCAAUUGGGGAAUAUGCUACAGACAUUAACUGACUGGUUGACUACAUCAGACAAUCUUCUUGUUUCAAUUCAAGAGAAAAUCAAAUGGGCAGAUAUGAUGAGUGAUUUGGACAAGAAGCACCGGAAGGAUGUUGAAGAAAGGGUUGACGAGGUGAAGAAGUCCCUCUCUUUGAAGGCCGACGUUGACUUCAGAGGGCAUGAGGAGAUCUACUCUGAAUCUGGUGGAGUGAUGGAUUAUGAGGAAGACCGAGGCCGACCGAAGAGGAGACGGCACCCAAUUGGUUAAGGUUGUGAUGGAGUUAGGGCGACGUUAGGAAGAACUAGAGGUGCUGCUGGUCAGUCUUUUUUGUUGAUGGCAUUCCGACCAUAGAUGCUUUCUGCUCUUUAAAUGGAACUUGUAGACUCAAAAAUAUCAGAUAGCCAUAUUUUGCACUUGAAAACUCCAUUAUUUCCAUCUUGUUUGCCUUUUUGAGUUGGGAAGAUCUUAAAUACGAUGCGGCUAAAACUUGUGGAGCUUAUCCAUUUACAUUCAUACAAGUAAGUCGAUACGCUUGCAUGAUUUUUCCCAAA